AUGGAGAUUAAAGAGCUAAGGGACAUCCUGCAGCACACGCUGCUGCAACACCCGCGCUUCCACAGCCGCCUGGUCUCUAGCCCUGGUGGCGUGCCAGCGUGGGUGCUUAUGGAUGCUGCUGACGUGGAUCUAGAGUACCAUGUCGUGGAAGAGGAAGCUUCUGACGUGGAUUCGUCACAGCGCCACGUGGCAGGGGAUGAGGGAGGCGGAGGAGGAGGAAAAGGAGGAUUCACCAAGCGCUGGGUGACGAAAUCUAUCUCAUCUCUUGCUGCUCAGUGCUACCAAAACCGUCUCCUGUUACUCACGCCUCUCACUCAUCUACUACUAACACUCUCUCCUCUUCCCACCACCACCAGGAUUCACCAUGCCUUGGGUGACGGAAUCUCGCUCAUGUCUCUCCUGCUAGCUGCCACCCGCCGAACUGACAACCCGGACCUCCUUCCGAGCUUACCAGGCAGCUUGGGUGCAUCCACUAGGCAAAAGACCUCCUCCUCCUCCGAGCCACCCUUGAGCAGCAGCGAUGGUAGCAGCAGUGGUACUAACAGAAGCAGUAUCAGUGAGGGGGGAAGCAGCAAGGGAAAAGAGGCAGCGGCAGAGCUUUCCAGGAAAAAGGGGUCGUUCCGAAGGUUGUUGACGCUCUUGUGGGUUGCGCUUGUGCGUGCGGUGCUUGCGGUGUGGCGGAUGGUGCGAGUGACAGUCAACACGACCAUGCAGAUUCUCGAGUACCUGGCAGUGCUUCUGUGGGUUGCUGAUACCCCAACGCCCAUCAAAGGAGGGCCCCACCUGCACUGCCACGCCCUGCCACGCUGCUUCGCGGUUUCCCCUGAAAUGAGCCUUGAAGACGUGUCAACCAUUCGCAAGGCAGUGAAAGGCACGACGGUCAAUGACGUCAUGCUGACUGUGAUCUCUGGUGGAAUUGAGCGGUACCUUGUUCUUCUCGGCAUUACAAAUGGAGGGUCCCCAUUGCCUCACCGGCUGCGGGUCAGCGCACUGGCACUCUUCAACCUGCGACCAGCACCAGGGCUCCAGGAAAGACUCCCUGAUGGCUCACUGGACGUACCUGAAUGGGCGCCUGCUCAUGCCGCUCGUGGGAUGCAAGCACUAGCAGCGCUGUGUGCUUCCAGAAAGGACUCCCUGAUGGCCCACGGGACGUACCUGAAUGGGCGCCUGCUCAUGCCGCUCGUGGGAUGCAAGGCUCAGUGCUGGUUCUCUUGGUGGGCACCAGCAGUGCCGUGUGCUUCAAGGAAGGAAAGCCUGAUGGCCCACUGGACAUACCUGAACGGACGCAUGCUCAUGCCGCUCGUGGGGUGCAAGGCGAGUGGUGUGGUGUGUUGGAGGUAUGUUGAGGUAUGGUAUGGUGAGGUGUUGAGGUAUGGUAUGGUGAGGUGUGUUGAGGUCUGGUCUGGUAUGGUGAGGUGUGUUGAGGUAUGGUAUGGUAUGGUGAGGUGUGUUGAGGUAUGGUAUGGUAUGGUGAGGUGUGUUGAGGUAUGGUAUGGUAUGGUGAGGUGUGUUGAGGUAUGGUAUGGUAUGGUGAGGUGUGUUGAGGUAUGGUAUGGUAUGGUGAGGUGUGUUGAGGUAUGGUAUGGUAUGGUGAGGUGUGUUGAGGUAUGGUAUGGUAUGGUGAGGUGUGUUGAGGUAUGGUAUGGUAUGGUGAGGUGUGUUGAGGUAUGGUAUGGUAUGGUGAGGUAUGGUAUGGUGAGGUGUGUUGAGGUCUGGUAUGGUAUGGUGAGGUGUGUUGAGGUAUGGUAUGGUAUGGUGAGGUGUGUUGAGGUAUGGUAUGGUAUGGUGAGGUGUGUUGAGGUAUGGUAUGGUAUGGUGAGGUGUGUUGAGGUAUGGUAUGGUAUGGUGAGGUGUGUUGAGGUAUGGUAUGGUCUGGUGAGGUGUGUUGAGGUCUGGUAUGGUAUGGUGAGGUGUGUUGAGGUAUGGUAUGGUAUGGUGAGGUGUGUUGAGGUAUGGUAUGGUCUGGUGAGGUGUGUUGAGGUCUGGUAUGGUAUGGUGAGGUGUGUUGAGGUAUGGUAUGGUAUGGUGAGGUGUGUUGAGGUAUGGUAUGGUAUGGUGAGGUGUGUUGAGGUAUGGUCUGGUAUGGUGAGGUGUGUUGAGGUAUGGUCUAUGCUGCUGUUCCCCGUUCCCUUCAAGGCUGGGGGCAGUGAGGAUGUGCUCGUGCUCCUGGUGGGCACAAACAGUGCUGUGUGCUUCGAGGAAGGACUCCCUGAUGGCUCACUGGACGUACCUCAAUGGGCGCCUGCUCAUGCCGCUCGUGGGGUGCAAGGACUUCUUGAUGGCUCACCAGACGUACCUGAACGGGCGCGCCUGCUCAUGCCACUCUUGGGGUGUAAGCCAGUGGCAGUGCUCACGCGGCGCAGCUUGGAUGAAACCACCCUCUCACUCUCCAACGUGCUGGGGCCAUACUCUGCUUAUCCUUUUCUUUCUCCCUUGCCUGGCUUUCCUACCCUGAACCCUCUUUUCCUUCCCACCGCUACCCAUUGCUCCCUUUCGCAGCCAGUGGCAGUGCUCACGCGGCGCAGCUUGGAUCAAACCACCCUCUCGCUCUCCAGUGUGCCAAUAGCAGCGCUCACGCGUCGCAGCUUGGAUCAGACCACCCUCUCGCUCUCCAGCGUGCCAGUGGCAGCGCUCACGCGUCACAGCUUGGAUCAAACCACCCUCUCGCUCUCCAACGUGGUGGGGCCUCUAGAAGAGGUGGCACUGCACGGCCACCCCAUCGCUGCCAUCAUUCCCUCGGUCGUUGGCAGCAACCACGUGAGUCUUGGCCCCUCCCUUCACCCUCAUCCCAAUUCUGAGUCAUUCUUUAGUCGCUGA